UUUCAGUGAAGUUCUUCGGUAGCCAUCGCAGAGGUUGCCCAAUAAUCUUUCGCUAAACCUCCUUUUUCGCUCUCUAUUUUGGCCAUCUUCCAACUCGAUCCUUCUUCCGUGCCUUAAUUUUCGAAACUUCCUCUGUGUUUUUUUCGAUUCAAUUUGGACCGAGCAAUCCGUACCCUUUCUUCUCCAUUCAUUCCACCACAACUUUUAUCGCUCUAUCUCAUUCAUAUCGCAAAAUCUCCCUCAUCCUUCUAUUUCCUUCUCUCUGUUUUCGGGUACACCCAUUCCGGGGUUCUUGGAUUUCUGGAUUUUUGGAUUUUGUUUUUGUUUGUUUGUUGUUCUUUAAUGAUUGGCCGCUGGAGUGGAACUCGGUAACUGGGUUGAACUCUGUUUUUCGUUUUGUUUUUGAUCUCGGUUUGUGCCGUCAUGAGUGCUGGAGGUGGAAAUCGCUUAAUCUCCGUUCAACCGGAUGAGUUGAAGUUUCAGAUUGAGUUGGAAAAGCAGAGCUUUUGUGAUCUUAAAGUUGCAAACAACACAGAACAUCAUGUUGCCUUUAAGGUCAAAACGACCUCGCCCAAGAAGUACUUUGUGCGUCCCAACACGGGUGUUGUACAGCCUUGGGAUUCUUGCAUCAUAAGAGUGACUCUCCAAGCCCAGCGAGAGUAUCCUGCAGAUAUGCAUUGCAAAGAUAAGUUUCUCUUACAAAGUACAAUCGUCCCUCCAAAUACUGAUGUCGAUGAGCUUCCGUCUGAUGCUUUCAAUAAGGAGAGUGGAAGGACAAUCGAGGAAUGCAAGCUUAAGGUUAUCUAUAUGUUUCCUAAUUCAGCUAUGGGGAACCCAGAAGAUGAAAAGAAUUCUCAAAACUCCACUCAGGCUGUACAACGUCUGAAGGAUGAAAGAGACAUGGCUAUAAGGCAAACUCAUCAAUUACAACAAGAACUGGGGAUGCUGAAGAGACGAAAAUAUCGAAAGGGGGAUCCUGGGUUCUCGUUUACGUUCGCGAUCUUCGUGGGGAUCAUCGGGAUCAUGGCAGGUUUCCUGUUGAAUCUCACAUUAUCUUCACCAGGUACAGAAUGAGUUUGGGGCGGGCAUGUGUUUCAGAUGCUGAGCAGACAAUUUUUGUGGUCAAUUUCAUUGUAUAAUUUCUCUACUUCCCAAGUUUUGUAUAUUAGGAAACGCUGCAAAUUUGUGGUCUUCAUAUCAUACCUUCAUUUUUCAAACAAAUUGUUCAUUUUUGUGCCUAUUGAAUAUGAAUGAAUGCGUAUUAAGUUUUAGUUCUUUUA